AUGUUGUGUCGCAGGAUGCGUUUAACCGAGCGCCACAUUCAAGCACCGCGCGAGCCUAUUGAAGGACCAAUCAUUCGACCUUGCACUGCUCGCAAAUUGGAAGGUAACGACAGGGAGGCUACGAUUUGCACACUUGGAAAUCAUGGGAGAAAGUCCACCGAAAAAGCUAAGACACCGCUGAUGAUUGUCAAUCUGAAUAUUCCUCCGGGCAUCAAAACUCUAGCGCCAAAGAGCCUAAAAUGCUCACGGAAACUGCCCCCAUUUUGCGUUCAGCAUCAACAACCAUCGAAAGGCUGUGGCCUCAAUCAAGUCAAUACGAAUGAGAUAGAAGCACAAGUUUGUACUAGUACAGCAAUACCACAAAUCUUCAUUCAAGGUUUCGAAAUUCAGGAUAAGAAACAUAUUCCCAUCAAACAACGGGAACUUUUGCAUUGCGAGAUUCGACCAAUUGCAGAAAAUGAGGAAGACAGUUUUGCCAACAUUUUGCUGGAUAGUAUUUCGAAUAUUUCUUUGGAAAUGAUAAACAGACAUCAGCAGCGACUUCAAGGGACAACUUCAACUGCUCCUAAACCUGUCAACAAGACUAACGCACCAUCCGGUUAUGAUAUGUUUUUGAAUUUAGAUUCGUACGAAAUUGAUGAUUGUGGUCCUUUGUCAGAUAAAACAGAGGACUUGAGGGAAGACUCACCGCCAAUACCGGCUGGCUAUAGAUCACUUUGCUAUCGCGCACCAAGUCCUAGCACAAGACAAAUUAUACGAGUAAAUGUUACCAUGAACAAAGAUAGGAACAAUGCAGAAAACUGUCGUUUUAAUCAUUAG